AUGAUUCUACAAUCGAUUUUUUAUAAUAACUUUGAAUUAUUAAUCCCAGAAUUUUUUAUAACAUUAAUUAUUUUAUCUUUUUUAUUAUUCGGUACUUUUUAUAAAAAUAUUGAUAAUAAAAAAAUAUUAAUAAUAAAAACAAUUAAUAAUUUAAUUAUUUUUUUAUUAUUAUUUACAUUAUUAUUAAUGUUCAAUACACAAAAUAUAUCUAUGACUUUAAUGAAUGGAGCUUUAUUUAUAGAUAAUUUAACUCAAUUUAUUAAAAGUAUUUUAAUUAUUUGUACUAUUUUAUGUUAUAUUAUUCAAACAAAUUAUAUAAUAAAACAAAAAAUGUUUUCAUUUGAAAUUAAUAUUCUAAUAUUAAUUUCUUUAUUAGGUUUAAUGUUAUUAGUAUCAUCUUUUAAUUUUAUUACCUUAUAUUUAGCUGUAGAAUUACAAAGUUUAUCUUUUUAUAUAUUAACUGCAUCUAAACGUAAAUCACCUUUAGCCGUAGAAGCUGCUUUAAAAUAUUUUAUUUUAGGAUCAAUAGCUUCUAGUUUUAUUUUAUUUGGUUCUUCUUUAAUUUAUGGUGUUUUUGGUUCAUUAAAUUUUGGAAAUAUUUUUUUAAUAUUAUCUAAUGUUUAUUAUAUUGAAAAUAUUGAUUUAAUAAUAGGCGCUUUAAAUGGUUUUUUAUUUAUUUUUAUCGGACUAUUUUUUAAAAUAGGUGCUGCUCCUUUUCAUUUUUGGUUACCAGAUGUUUAUGAAGGUGCUCCUAAUAAUGUAACAGCUUUUUUUGCAAUUGUACCUAAAAUUGCUUUUAUAGGUAUUUUAAUUAGAUUUGUUUUUGAUAUUUUAAUAGAUAUUUCUUCUUUUUUUGAAAUUAUUUUUUAUAUAAGUGCUAUUUCUUCUAUGUUUAUAGGUUCUUUAGCUGCAUUACAACAAAAAAAAAUUAAAAGAUUAUUAGCUUAUAGUUCUAUAAGUCACGUAGGUUUUAUUUUAAUAGGUUUUACUUCUAAUUUAUUAGAAUCUAUUCCUUAUAUUUUAUUAUAUAUUGUAGUUUAUAUAAUUAUGAGUAUAAAUUUAUGGACUUCAUAUUUAUCUUUAAUUAUAAAUAAAAAACCUAUUAAAUAUUUAACUGAUUUAUCAAAUCUUUAUAAUUUUAAUAAAAUUUUAGCUUUUAUUAUUGUUUUAAAUGUUUUUUCAAUGUCGGGAAUUCCACCAUUAGCUGGUUUUUUUUCAAAAUUAUUUUUAUUUAUUACUGCAAUAAAAGCACAAUAUUUUGGUUUAAUAUUUUUUAGUAUUUUAGUAAGUAUAUUAAGUUCUUUUUAUUAUUUAAGAAUGAUAAAAAUUAUAUUUUUUGAAAAAAUAUCAAAAAAAUUAUUUGUAAAUCAAAUAACUAAAUUAAAUAGUAUUAUAUUAGUAAUUAAUACUCAAUUUUUAUUAUUAUUUUUUUUAUAUCCAAAUAUUAUAUUAAUUAAUUUAAAUAAAUUAUAUUUAUAUUUAUUAAUAUAA